UAUAAAGUCGGGCGCGAAUUUUCCGACUAUCAGUGUGACUGUGGUAGUGAUGUUCGUAUCCAAGCAGUUUCUCUUUUGCGCUUCGGCGUUUUUCGCUGUGCAGGUGCUGAGCGUGGACGGCGGGCCAAGCCUUUCGGGUCGCGGUCUGUUCGACGCGGUGACUGACCCGAUCGGGACCCUGAGCAACGGCGUGAACCAAGUGGACAACGGACUCCGAAGGGUGCGUGCGGCCGGGAGAAGCGCCCUCGUGGGCACCGUCGGGAAGGGCGUGGAGCUGGCCACCGGCGUCAACCCGGCCAACAUCCUCGACCUCCCCAAGAACGCCGCCAAGACGGCCAUCCGCGGCGCCCGCCUCGGGACCCAGGUCACCGCCGGCGCCGCUCAAGGAGCUCUUGAUACCGCCCUCGACAUGCACGAUCGCAAGAAGCAGCUUUUGGAGGACUGGGUGCUCCCCGUGGCGCCGACGAUGGUAGGCGACGCGAUCAACGGCGCCAACAACGUCUUCGACUCGACGGUGGUAGGUCUUCAGGACCGCGUGGAGAACGGCAAGAACCACGUCGUAGGACGGCUCAACGCUGCUGAGGACUGGCUCGAUAACGGACCUUCCCUCGUCCCGAACGUGGUCAAGGACGGCCUCUCGACAGCCCGCUCGGCCGGCAACUGGCUCGGCUCCUGGAUCCCCGGAUGGUCCUCCACCGGAGCCCCGGCGGGUGCAGGCGGUGCAGGCGGUCAACCCGGUCAACCUGGGCAACCUGGUACGGCUGGCGGUAAUUGGUUUGGUUGGGGUAGUCUGGGCGGUCAGGCUCGCGGUGGGCAAGGCGGUAAGGGCGGACAGCCAGGUCAGCCCGGGCAGAAGGGACAAGACCGGAGCGACGCGCAGAACGGACAACCCAAAUCCAGAGGGCUGUCCAGUCUCUUCGGAUGGUAGGCGAAAGAGGGAAUGAAGACCUAGUUCCUCGUUAAGUCUAAGCUGGGUAUGUUGACAUGAAAUGGAUACAACUACAUCUCCCGAGUGGCAAAGUGCAACGAAAGUAUUGAGAUUAAACUGCAAUUUGAUCUCAAUAAAAUUGUAAUUUUCUUACCAUUAAAUUGCAAUAUUUUUACAUCA